GGUGUUGGGGUUCAGAGUGUCGGUAUCGGUGCCAGGAGCCAGUGACGUCAGACCAUAACAACAGAGGUGAGGGCCAGAGAGAAGAAUGUCACACGGUGCCCACAAUAGGCCAGUCAGACCGGGUCACAUGCCUACUAAUGGCAUGGGUCAGGGAGGGGCGUGGGUGCCAGGGAUGAACAUGCCCCCCUUGGGAUUUGGUGUAGUGCCACAGCAACCAGGUGGCAUAAUGAUGGCACCGGCACAGGUUGGAGGUCAGCAAGUGAUGCCUCAGGGUGCACACAUAACAAACUGGCACCAACAGCAGUUUAUGGCAGCCAAGCAGAUGGGUAUUUCAAGUGCUCCUGUAGGUGUUCAACCCUUGAGUCAACAGCAACACAAUCAGCUUCAGCAACAGCAUUUCAACUCACAGCAACAGUACCAGCAUCACCUACAACAGCAGCAGCAGCACCUACAGCAGCAGUGGGUUGAGGUUCACAAGAAGGCGGCGGUGGAGCAGAAGAAACUGUACGAGCAGUUGAUAAAGCAGAGGCAGUUUGAUGAGCAGAAGAUGAGGCUUAAGGCAUUCAGUAGUUCUAAAAAGGCAGGGGUGAGCGCUGACUCCAUGAUUGAGAAUAUACUCGGCACGAAAGAGACACUGAGGAUGAGGUCACCACCACAACCCAAGAAGGUACCAACAGGUGAAGGUGUAGUGAAUCAAGGGCCAAGUCAAAUCAAGCAAGGUACACCUGUUGAUUGGUCCAAGCUGAACAAUAUGAACACUUUGUUUGGUGUGACCCAGGAGAGAGGAGCCAUCCCACCUGUAGCUGGACUAGUGGGACAGACAGCCACUCAGCCACUAGAUGACUCCUCUGAGAUAACACUACCUGGAGUGGUCAUGGAUCCUGGUGCUCAGAUGUCACUGGGGAAACUGGAUGGUUGUACAGGUGGUCCUCCAGUGUUACCCGUUGGUCCCCCGGGAAGUUCAGCAAGAGGCAUCGUCGGUAUUGGAAAUAACGGCAGUGCGGUUCCUCUCGUGGAAAGUGGGGGUAACAUGGCAGUCGGUAAGCACCGCGGCGAGGGUAAAGCGCUGCCGCUCCCUGGCUGGUUGAGCGACAAGUCCUGCGUGCCGGCGGUGUACCAACAAGCCGGGUCGCUGGUGGAAGGCAAAGAUGGAUGGGUUGACACGAGCCGGGCUUAUAUGCUGCUGAUGAAGACUGGUCUCCCUGCUCCCUUCUUGGGUGUGUUGUGGGAGAUGGUCAACCAGACUCAGCCCGGACAGCUGCUGACUCAGGAAUUUACAGCACUUUUAGCACUUGUUGCACUUGUACAGAAUGGUCAAGCCAUCUCAAACAGAGACAUACUAAGUACAGUGAAGGAACCCAUUUUACCCAUUAUUGACCAUCCAGCUCUCCUUCCUCUUGUCCAAGAUUACAUCCAGCAAAGACAACAACAACAGCAACAGUCAGAAAAUAGUCAAGAAAGUGGAGUGGCAGCGAUGUCAUCAGAAGGAGGGCAUCAACCUCCAUCAAAAAGUAAUGAUGAUGAUGAGUUUGAUGAUUUUGUCAGUGGACCUAAUCAAGGUGGAACCAUGAACAUGUUCCAGUCUGCUUCUGUCAUGAGUCAACAGUUGCCAGGUGCUACAGGACAGCUCCCUCCACCCACUAUCUUGCCCCCUGGACCAGGAGGAACCUCACAACUCAGUCAGAAACCCAUGAUACCUAGUGUGGACAAGAUAAAGAGAAUGAACCUUCCUAAAGUAGGUUUUUCUCCUGAACUUUCACCCAGCACUAGUUUUGAUCAUACCUGUGAUGAUGAGUUUGACGACUUUCAGAGUGCAACCGCUACCAGUGGGGCCGCUUCAUCCACACGGAUGACCCACGCAGUCCAACCCGGUUUCCCUUUGGCACACGGCAGCCAACAUGUUGCUCCAGUAGCUGCUGCAGAGCCCUCUCAAGCUGCACCAGUACUGCUGCAACCUGAAAAGUCUGGUGGAUCAGGAGACAAGUAUGCAGUGUUCAGGGAGCUAGAGGCUCCAUCAGAAGGAACAUCAGAUCCCAACUUUUCACAGUCCCAGUCUCACUGCUCUGAGAGUACUGCAGAACCCUCCGACGAAAGCUUCGGAGAUUUCUGUAGCAGUGAGCCAGUGAGUUUAACAAACACUCUCUCCAGCUUGCCACCUAUGCUACCAAGUGUGACUAGUGCAGGACCAGGGACAAAUAACAACUCACCUGUUAGUUUUGAGGUUUACAGCACUCCACCAGAGAUGGUGCCAGAAACUAGUGUUGAUAAUUAUUUUGAGGCAGACUUUGGUGGUGCAUUUACUUCAGCAACUUCCACCCAGUCGAUGAGUAAUUAUGCCGACAUUCACGAAGCCAUGAAACGAGCAGAAAUAGAACAGAAGAAGAAAGAAGUGAGUGAUUGGAGUGAUCCAUUUGGGGAGUUUGAGGAAGCACCCAGCAACACCUCACUGUCAUCAGCCGCUGGUGUCCUGCCUGUACCACAACUGAGUCUUGGAAUUAGUGACGAGGAAGAUGAAGACUUUGGGGAUUUCAUGGGUCCAGACACCGGCAUCGUCGAACCCAGGUCGAACCGGCCGUUCCCGAGCCUCUCUGAGAAUUUAGGAGAGACUCAAUCUGUAGCAAGUCUCGAGCUGCCGGGUCUGGAGAUGACCGUCGGACUACAGCCUUCUGAAACCCGGGGAUCAGGGUCCAAUCAGUCCCCGGACCUCUUCAUGCAACCCAGAAGUGAUAUCGGAGGUGUUGAGGACCACUUGCGUACCCUCUCCUUAGAUUCCUCGUCUGUGUUUGGGGAAAGCCCUGGAAAUGGUGGUGGCACGACAACAAGUGGCGUCGGAGGCGCGACACAACCAGUUGGCUCAAGUUCUGUGAUGGACUCAUUCAACAGCGGUCUGGUGGACAAGUAUAGCAUCAUCAGGGAGGAGGCUAGCAAGAACACUCAUGAUGAAGCUCACACUGGGUCGUGGCAGAGGUGUCUGGAGUGCAGCGUGGGGCUACUGGAAGAGGCUCGUGACACUCUAUCUAAACUCACUCAGACGAAGCUCAAGACUCAGGUUCUUGUCACCAGUCAGAUGCAAGAUUAUUUAGCCAAUUUACAGGAAGUGUGGUUCGUAUGUAAACGUAUAUCAUCAUCUAGUCAGCAAGUUACGACCAGUUCAAAAGUAGACGACCUAUUAACUCGAGCCAAAUCUCUGUGGGGCGAGAUAUCAGCUGCCUCAGACGACAGCGUGGUUAAGGCUGCAACACUGGAGGGAGACAACCAGAUGGGUGAUAAUGAAGUGUGUGGAGUCUGUCUCUCGGGAGGAGGAAACAAACUGACUUACGGUGGACACUCGUACCAUCCUCCGUGUGCUAACCUCUGGCUUAACUGUGUAGAUCUUCUCUUGCCUUCCUUAACGCCUGUCACUUUACUUUGAUUAUAGCAGAUCAUAGUAGACCCGUUACAACAUAUAAGAUUUAUUUGGAACACCUAAGGAAUACAGAAGAAGUUACUUUGACUGUACUCUUCUCAGGAAAUAGACCUCAUUUUUCAGAAGUGUUGGGUGGCUUUAAUGUGCUUAGGUUAUGAUGGAAUAUUCUAUACAGUACUAGUAUAUAUAUAUAUAUAUAUAUAUAUAUAUAUAUAUAUAUAUAUAUAUAUAUAUAUAUAUAUAUAUAUAUAUAUAUAUAUAUAUAUAUAUAUAUAUAUA